AUGACAUACGCUGAUGAGGACGAGAUCGAUUGGAGUGAUGGUUCUUUCGAUGAUCCACCUCAGAAGGGUAUCGAUACCUUUGCUCGUCCGACUCAAUCCAGCCCAUCUGCGGAAAUACAGAACGAUCAAGACUAUCUACUUGUAUCAGAGGUACAUGGUCAACACCGGACAUCCUGCAGUCUUCCACCCGAAUCAGUUUCCGCGGAUGGAAACAGCACGGCCCAGGACCCUUCGCGUGUUCAGCGAGCCGGCAUAAGUGUUCAUCUCAACCAGCGUCUACCUUCUAAGGAAGAUUACGUGAAAUAUGCACUCUACCAAGCUAGCCAGAAAGCUUACGAGGCCACCUUUUUGAACACCUUCAUAUCACAUGCCUUGCAUCACGAUCGCAUAGCCCAAUGUUCUGAAGAUCCAACUGGUAGUAGCCCAACUGUUGUGGGAUAUAUGGAAUCGGUAAUUCAUGAGGUCGAUAGCAUCACGAGAAGGAUGAUCUGGAAUGCCCACUGUCGUAUGGUCCAUCUGCUCGCAAAAGACGGCAAGGAUGGCGCCCCAUUUCUCGAUAUAGACUCAUUCGACGCGAAACCCUUUUCAGAUUACGGUCCCAGCAAUCUCUUUCCUGUGGGAAAAAGAAUGGACGCAUCUUGGCAUCGUACAACUCCAAGUCCUCUCAUGGUUCAGUACUCAACCAAGGAGUACGAGCUUGGCGAUUUCAGUAAUACAGUGUUACGCAGAAUAAACAUCAGUGGCGUCUUGCCCACUGGACGCGCCGUCAGGUUGUCGACAUCCGGGAAGCGCAAAGGCAAGAAUAUGCCUGGAGCAGCGAUCCGGGAAGAUCGAACCAACUCGCCUUGUAGUAGUUGGCUCCCAUUUUCGCCGUUAGAUUCAAUGUCUGGUUCCCGCGUAUCGCAGCCCAUCGCAGACACUCCAGUCAGUAUUAUCCACCAAGCAGACUUAGAUGGUGCUCGCCAAGAGUCUGGAACUUCCGUCUCUCCAGCAUAUGCGCAUGACAGGCUAUCGUGCUCAUCUCCUACCCACCUCGAAAUUCCAUUCGGCCAUUGUGAUGUGGAGACUUCGAACAGUGAUAAUGCCAUGCAGAGUAUUGAGUACACGGAGAAUGUAAAUCCAUGGCGGAUGAGACUGGUUAACGACCACAAGCGGAGGCUGACGCGGAAAUGGGGCAACCCACCACAGGCUAUCGGUUGUGCAGUUCGAAACUUCAAGCAAGCCGUUACUGCGGCUAUCUCUAUAGGCAUCCACCCUAUCGCACAUGACCACCUGAAGAGAAUCGAGGCUAUCACAACAAGGAAACAACACCAGAAGUAUGCCAGACGCUCCGAUCAGUCCCGGAACAAGGAUGGUUCAGUAUACAGUGAGGAAGCCGCACCAGAGUUGCAUGUGUCACGUACUCGUCUUACAGGCUCAACAGCGGCUCUAUCAGAGUCCAUGCCAGACCAACUAGCCUCCACUGAGCUACAGAGAACGGCGCCCUUAGCACGACCAAAGAAGAGGAGGAAUAUAGCUGCGGUAGAGCAUGUUCCAGCCAUGUCCUCUACAGAGAAUUGGAAGACUGCCUUCAAAUCUUGUAGAGAGUCCGCAAUUUACUCGAACGAUGAGACCUCAUCCACUGGCCAGGCGCCAUAUCCUAGUCUUCAGAAAUCGAGAACUCUGGAAUCGCAUCAGCAUCUUCCCCCCAACGCUUAUUUCGAGCCAAUCUCCAGAGAUGAGAAAUUUGUCUGGCGUUGUGCCGUCAAGCACGCAAUGGGUCACUACUACAACGCUGGAGACCGCAAAUCCUGUAGGGGCUGUAACACCGCUCUUAGUGAUAAUGUUCGUGUUGUCUUGAUGGACUUUUACAUGCCGCCGAGGACCUUUUACUUCCAACCCGCGCAAGGUAUGCGCUGGAAACCUUCCAAACGAUUAAGCCAAUCUCGUAAAUGGGGAUUCUCUUGCCAUGAUGCGGUUGCGAAAGACGCUUACUGGAAAGCUAUAAAUUCCGGCGCGUUGGAAGAAGAAGCUCAACAAAUAGGUAUUGACGCAGUAGUGGAAUACAUCAAACCGAAGCCGCCUCCAAAAGCACCCACACCCGAACCGACCACAGACCCAGAGCCCGAUCCUGGUCCCCAUACAAGCGGUUCGACCACGAUGGAGCAUGGGCAAGACAUUCCUGAUGGUUACUACUGGGAGAAGCGAAAGACAGACGAAGAGCAUGCCUGGCGAUGUGAUGUUAACCACGGUCUUGGGCGUUAUUACCUAGCGGGUGACAAGAAGACUUGCCCAGGCUGUGGAUCCAGUCAGAGAAGCCCUGGCAAGCAUAAAAAAAUGGAUUUUUAUCUCCCAUCGGGGGUCAUUGUCCGACAAGAAGCACCUGGCUUAUCGAAAUAUAAGCCUCGUAAGCCGUACAAGCUGAGCAAAUCUACCGCUACGAAGAGAGGAUUGGUCACUCACAAUCAGAUGUGCAAUAGGGUAUACUUUAGUCUUGUUGACGACGGCUACGAUGCAGAAGAGGCUUUGCGGCUUGCUGUAGAGAGAGUCGACAGUGAGCUGGACAAGAAACAGGAGAGGAAGAUGAAGCAACAGGACGAGCAAGAUGGGUGUGAAGGCCCAGAGGCAUUGAGAAAGCCGAGUACUUCAAGCAGUGCUCCAAGAAAGGAUUCUGUCAACACAAGUGAAGUCGAUAGAAAGAGAGCCAAAUGUCGUCGCAACUCUCGAGGUGGCUGUACCAUAGCUCUCGUUCCGAAGAAGCGAAGCGCGAACGACCUGAGCGAGGAAGAGACCUAUGGUGUCGCUGUCGAUCAGGAAACUGGGGACACGUCAAGCGAACAAGACCCACGGGAUUCCUUCGAGAUUUCAUCUACGGAAGAAGAAAGCUCUGCCUCGGAGAGUGAGUGA